AGUAACUCAAAGAGCUAUAUACAAGAGUUGUUUAUACAUAAAAUUUGAAGAAAUUUGUUAUAAAUUGAGAUUUUUCAAAAUAAAUAUGUCGAAAGGAGCAGGACUUGAAGUUGGUGAAGCGUCUAAGGUUGCAGCAGGUGCAAAUCGAGGAAUUUCGAUCCUCGAUUUUGUGUUUAGGAUUGUUGCUGGUGCUUCUACCUUAGCUAGUGCAAUUGCCAUGGGGACUACUAAUGAAACACUUCCUUUUUUCACUCAAUUUAUUCGGUUUAGAGCUGAAUAUGAUGACCUUCCAACUUUCACGUUCUUUGUGGUGGCAAACGCAAUAAUAACUGGCUACUUGGUGCUUUCUCUUGCAUUUUCUAUUUUACACAUUGUUAGAAGUGGAGCAACCGGCACCCGGAUUUUGUUGGCCAUUCUCGACACCGCCGCAUUGGGUCUAUUAACGGCAGCAGCAUCAGCAGCAGCAGCAAUAGUAUACUUGGCACACAAAGGCAAUACUUCGGCUAAUUGGUUUUCAAUUUGCCAGCAAUAUAACAGCUUUUGUGAGCGUAUUUCUGGUUCAUUGAUCGGCUCUUUUGUAGCAAUCGUCUUAUUCGUACUACUUAUCAUAUUGUCUGCUUUGGCCAUCUCUCGUCGUCGUUGA